UCUGCCGAGCCCGAGCAAACGAGCACCAUGGCCAUGAUCUUGGGUUACUGGGAUAUCCGUGGGCUGGCUCACCUCAUCCACCAGCUCCUGGAAUACACUGACUCAAACUAUGAGGAAAAGAAGUACACGCUGGGGGAUGCUCCGGACUAUGACAGAAGCCAGUGGCUGAAUGACAAAUUCAAGCUAGACCUGGACUUUCCCAAUCUGCCCUGCUUAAUCGAUGGUGCUCGAAAGAUCACCCAGAGCAACACCAUCCUGCGCUAUAUCGCUCACAAGCACAACCUGUGUGGGGAGACAGAAGUAGAGAAGAUUCACGUGGACAUUUUGGAGAACCAGAUUGCGGACACCCGCUUACAGCUGGCCACGAUCUGCUACAGCCCUGACUUUGAGAAGCUAAAGCCCAAGUACCUGGAGGGGCUCCCUGAAAAGAUGAGGCUCUACUCACAGUUCCUGGGGAAGCGGCCGUGGUUUGCGGGGGAUAAGACCACCUUUGUGGAUUUCCUGGCAUACGACGUCCUUGACCAGAACCGUUCAUUUGAGCCCAAGUGCCUGGACGCGUUCCCAAACCUGAAGGACUUCAUGGCCCGCUUUGAGGGCCUGAAGCAGAUCUCUGCCUACAUGAAGUCCAGCCGCUUUUGCCCGGGCCCCAUGUAUACGAGGAUGGCCGUGUGGGGCAAUAAGUAAGGUCCUAGAAGGCCAGGAGAUUGGAGUGAGGAGCCAGCUCUGUGCCUGCUGCCCAGGGGCCCUGAGACCAGCCCCUCCCCUAACACCAGUCGUCUCUCUCCUCUCCCCUUCAU